AUGACCGCUGCUGUACGGCCUCAGACGAUCGAGAUUGGCUCUCGCUUUCCUGCCUGGGACAAGGAGAACUCGCUCUGCUUCGAGAUCGCCUUUCGUCGUCUCGCGGUCGCCGGAGACUUCGAGCCCUGCUGGAACCGCCAGAGCUACACCAAGUCCCACUACGACUGGUCCUGCAACGAGCCAGCGCAGGGCGACGGCUUCUGCACCUUCUCCGCCUCGCUCUCGACGGACCCCACCACCGGGGAAGCGCGCGUGACGGACGUCUGCCUCGAGCAUGCGCAUCCGCAGUGCGAGAUGAGUCCGGCGCUGCGGGAGGACCUGCGCAAGGAGCUCGAGGCGGCGUGCGACGAGCUGGAAGAAGAGGCGAAGAGCGAGUUCGUCAAGUUACGCCGAGCUAAGCGGGGCUCUACGACUUCGACGGACACGGAAGUGGCUCCGCAUGUCGCGCAGCAGCUUGUUGUGUGGGACGUGUGGGUUGCGGCGGGCAAGGAGCGGGCUGAGCGGUUCGAACAGGCACUCUUGGCGGAAGGACGUGCGGCUGAGGGCUAUCCGACCGGCGGCAUCUUCGGCGACGAGACCAACUCUCUUUCCACCGACCCGCUCGACCACCCGCUCGCCAAGAUCAGCCCGCUCAACAAUCCCCCUUCUCCGCCAUCGUCUGCGACUGCCCGCCUGGACGCUGCGCCGAAAUCUCCGGACUCGCCAUCUACAACCCCAAAAGGCGUUUCGUCGAAGAACAAGACGACGCUCGUCUCGCAGAUGAAGGGAAAGCAGCGACGCAGCGUGAGCGUCGUCGAAGUCGACCUCACGGACUUGCCUGUCACCCCGACGAAGCGCAAGAAGGUUAAAGCGAGCAGUACUUCGGCUCAGGACACCCCUACGAGCCCCGAGCGCCAGAAGACAACACCAAGUUCCGCCCAAUCCUCGCUCUCCAGCCUCUCUGCGAGUCCCCAGCCUCGCACGACAUCGUCCUCUCACUCGUCACGUACGAGGGAGGGUGCGCCGACGCCGACGCCGCCCGGACUCGCGAUUAAGCGUGAGAUGUCGCCCGAGUUGGGCAUCGCGACUGCCGCAACCGAAUUUCAUGCGGACGGAGCUGGCGCUAUCCCGCCCAUGCUUCGCUCUCCGACAUCGCGCGAGCCUGAAGCGAGCCCCGCGCCUACGCUUGUCGAAUACCUUUCAACGCUCGACCCGUUCGGCGGCUUCGACUACUCCUCCUUCGCGCCGACGCUCGAAUAUCUCGGCAUCAAGAACGGUACAGCGCUCGAACGAUGGGCCAAAACGGACGAGAAGCUCAAGGUGCUUGUCAAGAAGCUGGCUAAGCCGGACGGAGCGGAUGAGUUGGCGUUGAUGCAGUUCGAGGAGGACUUGAGGGAGAGAGCGAGGGGCGCGGCGGGUUGA